AUUGUUGACUAGAUAAUCGAUGAGAGAUGAGCAGAAAAGAGAUGCAGCAGUCGUUUAUGUUAACACAACCAGGCCAUCUGAAUGCGCUGCAGUCCCUUGAAAAUGUCCCAAAAGUCGCCACUUUUUAUAAUUGUAAAAAGGCAUUGGACAGCAAAAGACCGAAACCUGUAGCUAUGUCCCGCAGAAACGCACGCGAAAGAAGGCGCGUGAAAAUGAUAAAUACUGGAUAUGAAACUCUUCGACAUCAUGUUCCUGUUGGUGUUGACAAUAAAAAACUAAGCAAAGUAGAAACGCUUCGUGCAGCAGUGGAUUACAUAAAGUAUCUUCAAAACCUACUGCAGUCAGAAAACUGUAUACAGCCAAGAACAGCAGAGGUCAUUAUGGCGGAAAAAACUCACGAUCCAUUCAGCGUAUCUCCUUUAACGGUCAAAGAAGAAAUAACUUUCGAUGAGAGAUGCUGUUCGGUCCAGGAUGCUGAAGAUUCGUUAUCUCCCCUGCAUACGUUUCCUGUUCGGGAGGAGGGUAUGUUCGUUGACAUUGCGCAAUGGUUGUACCAGAACUCAGAACCUAAAGACGGCACCAACAUUCGGUUAAAAGGUAUGAUAAGCAAUGUGCAAAACUCGGAAUUCGAUAUGCAAAACAUCUUAUGAUGAAGAUUCUGAACAAUAUGUACAUUGUACAUGACAUCACAACUUGCCUUCAAAAUGUCUUCCAGAGGAGCAACAACGAACAAUGACAUUGAAUGAUUUUGAUCUGAAUUUCGACCAUCACCAUAGUACAAUUGUAAAUACAUAAUGUAUAUACUGUUAAUAAACUAUUUAUUGUUA